AUGAUCCUGCUCACUAGGUUAUCUCUGUUCGAAACCACCCUGGGUGGAGGAAGCCUGAAGGACAACCUAGGAAGUAGUCUUAGAGACAGGCCAAGCCCCUGCCUCACCAUGAGGGACCCUCCUAAACGUCGUGCUCUAAAUUCCUUUGGUGUUCACUGGCGAGGCCGAGAGGGGGAUUCUGAUGACUGGGCAGUUCAGCAUCUCCAUAUAUUUUGCCCAGGUCUGCGCCCUGGAGAGGUCACUCCAGCUUCACUGUACAGUGUAGGUCUAACACAGAAGGCAGCAGUUACAGGUUAUAAGUCCAUGCUCGAUUGGCGUAAAGAACCUGAUGAGCCCCGAAUACACGGAGUCGGCUUUGCCGUCAAGAACAGCCUUUUAACGUCAGUGGAGCCUCCAACUGGUGGCACAGAAUGUAUCCUGUCGCUCUGCCUUGCCACAGCUGCAGGGACUGUCAACAUCUUCAGCAUUUAUGCUCCUACUCUGAGUAGUUCAGAAGACGUCAAGGACCAUUUCUACGACGAGCUUGAGACCCAUAUUGGCAGGAUACCACCUGCAGAGCCACUUCUCCUUCUUGGCGAUUUCAACGCGAGCGUUGGGUCUGACCAUCAGUCGUGGCCAUCUUGCAUCGGACAUGACGGUGUCGGAAAAAGGAAUGACAAUGGACAGAGGUUGCUGGAACUGUGCUCAUCCCACAGUCUUUGCGUCACCAACACCUACUUCCAGUCCAAACUACAACACAGAGUGUUGUGGAAACACCCAAGACGCUCUGCUCUCAGCACUGUUCUUGAAACGAGAAGCUACCACAGCGCCGACUGUGACACAGAUCACACCCUGGUGUGCAGCAAAGAAUUUGUAGCUUCCAUCGAACAGACACUCCUAGACCUAACAGAACAGGAUGCCGUUGCAAGAUGGAACACAAUCAGAGAGGCUAAUUACGCCUCGAUCUUAGCCUUUGGUAAAAGAGAAAGGAAGAACCACGACUGGUUCGACGCCAACCUGUCAGCAACGGAGCCAGUCAUCGAAGCCAAGCGCAAAGCCCUUCUGGCAUACAAGAACUCCCCCAGUGAGAAGACACUCGCAGCACUGAGAACUGCAUGUAACAAUGCACAAAGUGUUGCAAGACGAUGUGCCAACAACUAUUGGCUGAAAUUGUGCGAGGACAUCCAGCGUUUAGCUGACAGUGGGAAUGUUCGUGGCAUAUUUGACAGGAUCAAGAAGGCAGUUGGACCAGAAGUGAAAAAGACUGCACCACUCAAGCCUACAACAGGCGAGACCAUCACUGAUCGUGAACAGCAGAUGAAACGAUGGGUCGAGCAUUAUUCAGAGCUCUACACCUGGGAAACAGAGGUCACAGAAGCCGCCCUGGAUGCCACUGACGACCUGCCAGUGAUGGAAGAACUCGACCAAGUGCCAACGUUAGAUGAGCUUAGUAAAGCCAUCGACAUGCUGCCCAGUGGAAAAGCGCCAGGCAGUGACGGCAUUCCAGCCGAAGUGAUCAAGGGUGGGAAGCCAGCAUUGCUACAGCCUCUGUACUACCUGUUUUGA